AUGGCGGCUGGGCCCAAUGGGCUGGAGGACUGGGUGGGCAGCGCAUACCUGUUUGUGGAGUCCUCGCUGGACAAGGUGGUCCUGUCAGACGCUUACGCUCAUCCCCAGCAGAAGGUGGCGGUGUACAGGGCUCUGCGGGCUGCACUGGCAGAGAGCGGGAGCCCUGACGAGUUGCAGAUGCUCAAGAUCCACCGCAGCGAUCCGCAGCUGAUUGUGCAGCUGCGUUUCCGCGGGCGCCAGCCCUGCGGCCGCUUCCUCCGCGCCUACCGCGAGGGGGCGCUGCGCGCCGCGCUGGAGGCCCGCCUGGCUGCCUCGCUCACCCUGUGCAGGGCGCCUUUGCAACUGGAGCUGCGCGCCGGCGCGGAGCGGCUGGACGCCUUGCUGGCAGACGAGGAAAGCUGUUUGAGCUGCAUCUUUGCCCAGAAGCCUGACCGGAUGCGGGACGAGGAACUCGCGGAGCUGGAGGACGCGCUCCGGAACUUGACUUUUGGCUCAGGGGGCCAGGAGGGUGGCAACGCAGGGGUACCUCCAGCCCCUUCGCAGUCCCUGGCCCCGUCUCCGCCGGAGAAGCCACCGCCAGCGCCACCAUCUGGCCAGACUUUUAUGUUCCAGGGCCAGCCCAUAGUGAACCGGCCGCUAAACCUGCAGGACCAGCAGACGUUUGCGCGCUCAGUGGGCCUCAAGUGGCGCAAGGUUGGGCGCUCCCUGCAGCGCGGCUGCCGCGCGCUCAGGGACCCGGUGCUCGAGUCCCUGGCCUACGAGUACGAGCGCGAGGGGCUGUACGAGCAAGCCUUCCAGCUCCUGCGGUGCUUCGUGCAGGCCGAGGGCCGCCGCGCCACGCUGCAGCGCCUGGUGGAGGCGCUGGAGGAGAACGAGCUCACCAGCUUGGCAGAGGACUUGCUGGGCCUGGCGAACCCUGACAGCACCCUGGCCUAG